UCCAAAAACUUUAUCCCGGAGUUGCCGAGCCUAAGAACUGCAGUGAGCGGUCAGGUGCAUCCGAGUCUAUGCCGCACGAGUCGGAGGAGAGGAGCAGGCGGGAUUUGCAAACCCGAUUGGUUGCAGGAAGAUGAGGACGGCGUUGCUCUUGGUCGUGUUCCUGGGGACCUUCAUGCUGCUAGAGAUUGAAGCGAAGAAUUGUGUUUGUACUGGGAGGUCCAGGUGUCACUGUGACGGAGUUAAAGGCAAUAAGGGAGAAAAGGGUUUCACAGGAGAGACCGGUCCAUCCGGGUCGGCUGGCUACUCGGGUCCAGAAGGUCACUCCGGCCCAGUGGGACCUAAGGGGGACGAGGGUGUUCUAGGACCUCCAGGACACAAAGGCAAUCGGGGACCUGAGGGUAAAGAAGGAUAUUUUGGGACACCAGGUCUACCGGGCAACCCAGGCAUUCAAGGACCAACGGGCCAACAAGGUGACCCAGGAUGCAAUGGGACGGAGGGGGUGAGAGGUUUUAUUGGUCCUCCCGGUUCCAGUGGUGAAAAUGGAAUGAGAGGUCAGCAAGGACCUCAAGGACCAAAGGGUGAAUCCAGUAUGUCAAAUGUAAUAACUGAGCCUGGGCUCCCAGGAAAGGCCGGUAGCAAGGGUGUCCCUGGCCAACAAGGGCCAAGAGGGUCACAAGGAGAUGUUGGACCACGCGGUGUUAAUGGAUUCAAAGGCCUACCUGGGGCCCCAGGAUUAAAGGGUCAAGAAGGGCGGAGCUUCGGCGUCCCCGGUCCUCCAGGUCUCAAGGGCAACCGAGGCCCCCCUGGAUCUCCCGGACCUAAAGGAAUCAAACUAUACGCCACUGCUCCCUCCGACAUGAAGGGGCAGACCGGUGACUUGGGGGAGAAGGGCUGUAAGGGCUUACCGGGUUUUGCUGGCAUGGUCAACUUUAAAGGAGCUAAAGGGGACAUCGGGGAUCCAGGCUUUGAGGGAAAUCUCGGAAACCCCGGGGAUCCUGGAAUGGCUGGAUAUGAGGGAAGAAAGGGGAUUCCCGGAUCCCCAGGUCUUGAAGGAGUACUCGGACCCACAGGACCGAAGGGUAGUCAAGGUCAAGGUGGUGACCCUGGAAAGGUGUUCGUAAUUGGCGGAGGGAUUAAAGGAGGAGAAGGAUUGCCUGGCCCUCCAGGGCCACCGGGAUUAACCGGCCCCCCAGGUCACACAGGCUUUCAAGGGCCACCUGGACCUCGAGGUCCUGACUCAGGAGGAGCUCCCGGGUGGAAGGGGGACAGCGGACCUAAAGGAGAUAAAGGAGACCCGGGGCCAAUCCUCCAUGGAGAGCCGGGCCAAGACGGGUCCCCGGGAACACCUGGGGAGGCCGGGGACCCUGGACUGCCGGGACCACCAGGAGACACAGGAAAUGUCAGGAUAUUAAUAGGACCCCCGGGGGAAAAGGGUACCAAAGGUCAACUAGGGGACCAAGGGAACCGAGGCCUGGAUGGUUUGAAAGGUCAGAAAGGAGAAAUCUGCCCGUCGUGUGGGGGAACCGGGCCCGCCAACCCAGGACCCCCGGGACCCCCCGGCCAGCCUGGACUUCCAGGCGCUGACGCCGGACCAGGGCCCAAAGGGGACCCGGGAUACAAAGGACUCCGUGGUCCACCCGGGCGACCGGGUUCUGACGGCCCGUCAGGGAUGCCAGGGCUCGGGGGCCCAAAGGGAGAGCCAAGCUCCCACUACCACCAGGGACCAAAAGGAGACAGAGGGGCCCCAGGACCGGUGGGAAGACCGGGGCAGGAUGGCCUACAUGGGGCCCAUGGCUUACCAGGAUCCAAAGGCCAACGAGGCCCCAAGGGUGAACCGUUCUUGGGGCCUGGUCUGAAGGGAGACAUUGGCUUCCGAGGCUCUCUGGGACAACAGGGAUACCAAGGACACGACGGGCCACCAGGUCCAGUAGGCGUAGGGACACUUGCCCCCCCAGGACCCAAAGGCAGCAUUGGGGUCCCAGGGCUUCCCGGAACACCAGGCCAUCCAGGUCAGAAGGGGGAGCCCAGCAGGAGGGAGGCUGACGAGGGACCCCCAGGCCCCCCAGGACAGAUGGGGCUACCAGGCCCACCGGGACCCCAAGGUCCUGGUGGUGGUCCCGGAUCCCCGGGGAGAGACGGCCAACCUGGAGAGAAGGGAGAUCCGGGGGGUUUCAUCAGCCCGGGCGGACAUGGACCCCCUGGUCCGAAAGGUGACAAAGGCCAGCCAGGGAUCCCCGGGUCUUCUGGGAGAGGCUUCCCCGGACGACCAGGCAUAGCGGGACACCCUGGGACUCCUGGGUCAAAGGGGGAUAGUGGGUUUGGGUCCCCUGGCCCGCCUGGUCCCAACGGUUUCCCAGGUGAUUCUGGGGACCGGGGUCUUCCGGGAGACCCAGGGCUACUGGGCCGCGAGGGGAUUCCAGGACCGCCGGGCUUCAACGGGUCCCCAGGCCCCAAAGGGAAUAAAGGUAGAGUCGGUUCCGUUGGACCACCUGGUUACCCAGGUAAUGGCUGUUCCGUAGCCACACCUGGGCCCCCAGGGCCGCCGGGACCUCCAGGUAGACCUGGACCACCAGGUUUUAGGGUUACAGGUGCUCCUGGGGAGCCCGGUCCCCCAGGGUACGGAAUACCCGGCCCAGCGGGUGUUCCCGGGCCCCCUGGGGUCUCCAGACCUGGGGUUCAGGGACCGACUGGUCCGAAAGGAGUCAGGGGGAGAGACGGCCCACCAGGAGAACCGGGGCCAAGAGGUGACCCUGGGCUGGACGGACAGGGCAUACCAGGCCCAGACGGACCCCCUGGACGUGCAGGAUCUCCUGGGCCCAUAGGGUUUGAUGGUCCGGACGGAGACAAAGGCCACAAAGGGGUCCGAGGCCCGAUGGGGGAUGACGGGCCCCCUGGUCUUCACGGACCGCCUCCCCUCAUAGGCUACGGACCCCCAGGGGACCCUGGGAUACCCGGUGCCCCUGGAUCCCAUGGUGAAAGAGGGGACCCCGGACAUCCUGGGGCCAGAGGCAUCGAUGGGAGGGAUGGACAUCCAGGACAACAUGGGCGGAGAGGACCUCCGGGUGAUCCUGGUGUUGACAAGCUGUCCUCAGUAGGGCCCACUGGUCCACCUGGGCCUAGAGGAGAUGUGGGGAGCAUGGGUGUUCCAGGCCCACCUGGGAUGAAGGGGGCACAAGGCACCCAUGGAGGUCCAGGACCAGCUGGUUGGCCCGGUCCAGACGGGCCUAAAGGAAGAAAAGGAGAGGCCACCUACACUCAUCCAGGGCUCACGGGACCACCUGGACCGAAGGGCGAGCCAGCCGAGACGGCCGGACACGCCUCCAAAGGAGAGAAAGGCUCUCCUGGUUACCCAGGUCCCCGAGGCCCCCCGGGCCCAGCUGGAGCCAAAGGAGACCCAGGACUACACGGACAACAUGGAACCAGAGGUCCUGCGGGGUUGCCUGGUAACAGUGGCCCACUGGGACCUGAGGGACGCCCCGGGUCAUUUGGACCUCCAGGACACAGAGGGCCACCGGGCCUUCCUGGACCCCAUGGCCCUAAAGGGAACCAGGGUCGCGAUGGAAUCCCUGGACCUGCGGGUCAGAAGGGAGAAACAGUGAGCGUAGGGUCGACUCCUGGUCUACGUGGAGAGAAUGGAAAGCCAGGCAAACCAGGAGAUGCAGGUUUUCCUGGCCUCACAGCUCUGGGGCCCCCAGGGUAUCCGGGAAAAGGUGGUCCCCCUGGCCUCCCGGGUUCUCCUGGUCCUCCCGGUGAGCCAGGACACGGUGGCGUGUGUCACACUGGGCCAAAGGGAGACUUGGGUCCCAACGGCAGACCUGGAAGCCCAGGACAGCAGGGUCCACCGGGACAGCCAGGACCUGGAGAAUGUGAACAUAAAGGGGACCCGGGAGACCCAGGCCCUCCAGGGGCCAUUGGAAUUGACGGGCACAGAGGGGACCCUGGCCCCCCAGGCUCACAGGGAUCAGGAACCACCCCUGGAAUACCUGGAUCCCCUGGUGACCCCGGAAACGAUGGACCCCAAGGAUUUCCCGGUGAGCCGGGUGGUGCCGUUUAUUCACCCGGCCUCAAAGGACCCAAGGGAGCCAAAGGAUUGCCAGGACCCCCAGGUUAUCCGGGGGCUGAUGUUCCGAGACCAAUUAUAUCCAUAAAAGGGGAUCCGGGCAAGCCUGGUCCUCCCGGCUACGAAGUACCAGGUCUACCAGGGCGGCCAGGACGACCGGGAUAUCCAGGCCCUCCUGGCCCUCAGGGGCAGCCGGGGCAUGGCCACACGGGACCACCUGGUUUCCCAGGACACUGGGGGGACAAGGGAUCUCCAGGAGAGACAGGGCCGAGGGGUUCCCAUGGGCCUCCGGGUCGGAAAGGUCCCCGUGGCCCGCCGGGAAACUUCGCCGAAGGCCGUCCAGACAGUUUCCUGCUGGCCCGACACAGCCAGACCAUCAGAGUGCCAGACUGCCCCCAGGGCACCACCCUCCUCUACUCUGGAUACUCUCUGCUCUUCAUCAAUGGCAACGAGAGAGCCCACGGACAAGACUUAGGCUCCAUGGGCAGCUGUCUGGCACGCUUCUCCACCAUGCCCUUCCUGUUCUGUGACACGGACAACAACUGUCGCUACGCUGCCCGUAAUGACUACUCCUAUUGGCUGUCCACGGAGAAGCCCAUGCCGUCCCACAUGCACCUGAUCACUGGAGAGCAGAUAGGCAGCUACAUCAGCAGGUGCUCAGUGUGUGAGGGAAGGUCCAAUGCCAUCGCCAUCCACAGCCAGACCACCCAGAUCCCUGACUGUCCUCAUCACUGGGAAUCCCUCUGGACUGGCUACUCCUUCGUCAUGGAAACAGGUGUGGGUGCUGAGGGGUCGGGUCAGGCGCUGGGGUCCCCAGGCUCGUGUCUGGAACACUUCCGGCAGGUCCCCUUCAUCGAGUGCCACGGUCGGGGGUCCUGUAACUUCUACCCAGACUCCUACAGCUACUGGCUGGCCUCCCUCGACCCCAAUCAGAUGUUCAGCGAGCCUGUGUCCCAGACCAUGAAGGGACCCCAUCUGACGGAUGUCAUCAGUCGCUGCCGAGUCUGCAGGAAACUGUAACGGAAGUCUCAAUGAACAACGUCAGGGGUCAAACGUCAGGGGUCAACGUCAGGGGUCAAACUACAAUUGUUUUUUUUGGGGGGACUCGUUAAAAUUGAAUCCAAAGCAUAAGUACAGUGCACCACUGUAUAGAAGGGAGUUACCGUUUGGGAUUCAUUCCUAGGGGAAUGCACAAGAAACAACCCUCGUUAUCAUCUCAUUUACAGAAAGUGCCUCAUGUUACCGGAAUAGUACUUUUUUUGUCUAAAAUAUCUCACCAUAAUCUAGAGCAGAACUAAAUUAGUAGCCUGUCAUUGUUCAAUUAAUUGUUUGUUUGAUUUGACCGCAGUGCCACACCAUGCUUCAAAGAGGAUUUGUUUUUCUUUUUAAAUGCUCUGUAGUGCCCAUUUAAGUUUCUGUGUAAUUUCAGACAUUGGUUUUAUGCUCAACAGUCAACGUAGGUCCCCCAUGUCUUUGUAUGCAGAUCCACUAUGCUGAUCCACUACAUCGUCCAUUUAAAUUUAUCUGUUAUGUGCCCCAAAAAAAAUAAAAUCAUGAACUCUGU